CCUCUAUGAGUCUUUUUGUUGUUAUGUACACCUAUGAACAAUACAGAAAAUGUAAUGAGAUGAGAAUGAUUAAUGUGGUAGAAAUUCAACCAGUGUACAGGGCCGUCUUUAAUCUACUGGGGGCCCUAGACACACUAUGAAAAUUGAGGCCCCUCGGUUCCCGUAGACAAAAAAGUAGAUAAGCAGAUAGACUUCAUGAAAAUAAAAAUGAGCCAGGAACCCCUAGGGGUCGCUUCCGACAUAGUACUGCCUCAGAGCCUUCUCAGAUGGGGCAACAGCACAGCUUCUCAUCGUCCCACCGACUACAGUACCAUAGGGGAAUCCAUCUUCGAUACUUCCCCGUUUCCUUAUGAUCCCAACAUAAAUCACAAAAUUGUUUUGUGGAGUGUAUUACAAAAGGCGAAAGAAAUGGGCCUCCAUUCAAUAGCCCUUUGUGUGAUCAAUUCUGUCAAGCGAAAUUAUCCACCUGAUGAAGGUGCUCAUAUUGCUCUUCGUACAGUACGAAGGUUCCUUGAACGUCACGGCAGUUCAUUAGACACUGUGAUAUUUGUUGUUGAUAAAGUAGAUUUAGGUAUAUACGAAGUACUGUUACCUUUAUACUUUCCCCGAUCCGAAAUGGAAGAAGAAUCGGCAAGACGCGCCAAGACCGAAGAUCUGACUGAAGUGUCUGGCAUCGGCUGUCUGUACCAGAGCGGCGUCGACAGAUUGGGCAGGCCCGUCGUAGUCUUCGUCGGCAAGUGGUUUCCAUUCAACAAAAUCAAUCUAGAUAAGGCAUUGUUGUAUCUGAUCACACUCCUGGAUCCUAUCGUCAAGGGUGACUACGUCAUAGCCUACUUCCACACCCUCACAUCUGGUAAUAACUACCCCUCUUUCUCUUGGCUGAGAGAGGUGUACAAUGUCCUACCUUAUAAAUACAAGAAGAAUCUGAAGGCGUUCUAUGUCAUCCAUCCUACGUUUUGGACCAAGAUAAAUGGUGUGAGGUACUUCCACCCGGUGGCAGCACCCACAUAA